UGGCCGGCGAUUCAAGAGCGCUUAUCAGUAGGCAACGAGGCUUAUCUGACGGCCGUCGGUCUUUAUAUAAAGGAAUGCAGUCAAGGCACACUAUUUAGUUUGUUAAAGAGCGCAUUGUCCGCAAGACUUCAACAUGGGUCGAUCACUACUGUCCGGCACAUUUGUGUGCCUCCUGCUUGGAUUCUUUGUGCUGCAGUCGCCCAGAGUCGAAGGCGCCAACAUAUUGGGCGUCUUCACCAGCCACAGUCCAUCGCAUUUCAUAAUCAACAUGUCGAUUAUGAAGGCCCUGGCGGAGGAUGGACACAAUGUGACCGUGGUAUCGGGCACUCCUCCAAAAGUGACCCACAAGAGCAUCAAGCACAUCGUUAUCCCGCUGAGUGCAGCCGAGGAGAAGGAUUUGAACGACGGCAUGAGCUCCUUGGCCAAGGAGAAGCCGUCUGUAUUUACAACGUUCAGGAAUAUAUUCGGCUCGCUGUCUAUGCUCAUCUAUAAGCAAGUGGAUGUCCUGGAGGACAAACGAUUCACCGAUCUCUACAAGAACAAAGACAACAAAUUCGAUGCAGUUAUUGUUGGUUUCUUCUUCAACAACUAUCAGGUGGGACUGGGUAGCCUCUUCAACUGUCCCAUAAUUCUGACUUGGACUGGGCCGCCGAUGAUGCAAAUCGACAGAAAUAUCGGUAAUCCCGAAUUGAUUUCGUCAGUGCCCUCCAUGCAUGUAGCCGUGGCUCCCGGCCGAGCGAUGAACUUUAAGGAACGUCUGGCCAAUUUCGGUGGCACCAUGUUCUUCCGCCUUUUUGCCUUCUACUUGGAGAUACUGAAUGACAAGUUUUACGAUCGUCUAUGGGGUAAUAUUCCGUCCAUGAUGACCUACGAGCAGGCCAAGCAGAACAUUUCCCUGGCUUUCUGCAGCAGUCACGGCAUAAGCGAGGGACCCAUUAGGCCCAAUGUGCCGGCGCUUGUAGAGAUUGGUGGCAUACAGAUUAAGGAUAAGCCAGAUCCACUGCCCCAGGAUAUUCAGGAGUUUUUGGAUGGGGCCAAGCAUGGCGCGAUUCUCUUCAGUCUGGGCAGUAAUCUGAAAGGCGAUCACAUUGAUCCACAGAUAAUCAAAAAGAUAUUCAAAGUGCUCGCCGGGCUGAAGCAGCGUGUGAUCUGGAAAUGGGAUGAUCUGGACAAAUUGCCUGGCAAAUCGGCAAAUAUACUCUUCAAGAAGUGGAUGCCACAGGACGACAUUCUCGCCCACCCCAACAUCAAGCUUUUCAUCACGCAUGCAGGCAAAGGAGGCGUCACCGAGUCCCAGUACCAUGGCAAGCCCAUGCUGGCCCUUCCAGUGUUCGCCGAUCAGCCAGGAAAUGCUGAUAAACUGGUGGAAUCGGGUUAUGGCUUGAAGCUCGAUUUGCUGACCCUAGAGGUGGACGAAUUCAAGGAUGCAAUCAAGGAGCUACUGAGCAAUCCCACCUACACCAAUAAGAUUCAACAGUUCUCAAAGAUCUACCGCGAUCGUCCAAUGUCGGCUCGCGAUUCGGUUAUCUACUGGGUUAACUAUGUCCUUCGUCAUCACGGAGCUGCCCAUAUGCAGAGUCCCCUAGUCAAAAUGGGCUACAUUGCUACCCACAAUAUUGACUUGUAUCUACUACUGGCAGCGAUACUCUUGGUUAUCGUUCUGAUAAGCAAAGCUGUGUUGAGGUUCGUAUGGAGCAAGUGUUGUGGUGGCAAAGCCACGAAGCAAAGGUCUUCACAAAAAACAAAGGUCAAGAAGCACUAGCAUAUUAUUAGCAUUGUAAAUAAGACGAAUUAAGAACUACGAUUUUAUAUAAAUUGUUAUAUAUAGAUAAACGACAAUAAAAAUCGAUGUAAAUAUGAC